ACCGCUCCAAUGACCCGGACAUGACUGAACGAUCCUGCGAUUCAGAAUCGAGAUCACGUUGUUCAAAUCACGACGCCAUCCCUUACAAGUUACAACUGGCCACAUGCAUGGCCCAGCUGAUAUCAAGCCCCUAGGUGUGAACGGUGAACUGGCUGGGCGCUGGCACCACUACUUUCAUGUUGGAGCGUGGGACAAGUCCAACAGAAGUUAUGCUACCUGUCCUGUUCAACUAAGCUUCUGCUACAUAGACUUGAUGACCAGCAGAUUCAGCAUGAGAAUCAGCAACCCCUGAGUCAAGAUUCUGGCUGAGACUGAUCUUCUGGUCUUGCCCUGAUUUGGGUCCGUUUCCCGGGGCCCCAGAAAGUUGUCGAUUCUCAAGAUAAGACAUCAUCGUCGCUUGAUAACGGCCCGCAAUCGCGAUCACCAGAGCAUGUGUGUGUGUGUGUGUGUGCGCGCGCGUGUGUGUGUGCCUUGCGCCUUCCAGCCGCCUGGAGCGAUAACAGGAGUGAUGUUUAAGCAGAAGUGAAAAAUGAUCGCCAGUUACUUGACGUCGUCGACGUGAGGUUGGCAUCGCCUAUCGGCCAGCCAAAAGCGUCCAUUCCAACCCCAGUUUUCACUGGACUUGGUCAGGCUGCCUGACCCCGCGAAUACCACCCUCCAAGAAGCAAAAACAGUACAUUGAAAACAAGCCCAGAGCUAAAGUUGGCACACACCCGCAUCUCGAAAGUUUGGGGGAGAAGCGCACACACCACCCAUCCCCGGAUUUCAACUGGCAAUCCUUCCUUGGACUCCAGCCCAGAUUCGGAAAACUUGUCAAAAUUGGUGUUUCUUCUUGGUUCGCACACUUUCUGCUACACACCAUUUCACGCUUGCAUCCGAUUUCUGGCACAGCUCUCAUUCGUUCUUGAUUUGUAGCGGUGAACUUGCCUUACAUUUCUGUGCCGGACUUGUGUUGCCGUGAGUCGACUGCUCUAAUCAAACCGACUGUUUCCCUCAGCUUGGUGCUUAUCGUGGCCAGGGGUUGUUGAACCACUCAGCCCACGAAAGACGGCCACAUUGAGAAAAUCCCCCACUUGCCAGACACUUCACUGGUGUGCAUCUGCCAUUGUAUGUGUGGUACAUGGCGCGUAUCGCCCGGUGCAAGACCCCUUCACCGACCAUCCCGGCCCGAGACACCUGGGCCAGCCAGCAAAUGGCUGUUUUUGAACUUCACAUGUUGAAUUUUAAUCUUCCCAACAAUUACCGUGAACAAGGGGAUGCUUUCCUCAGAACAUUAUUAGGCUUAAUUAGAGACAGUUUCGCCAUCCUUUGUACACCGACAGUACGCGCGCAAAAAAGCAUCAGACAUCCAAUGAUACUUUGUCCCUUUGCUGUACCAAAUCAAAAUAGCUGCACCCCUGAGUUUGGCCGGGCUGAGCAAAGACAGAGUCUUGGUAUCUGGAGGACGCGUAUCCUAAGCCCGUUGUCCUACCUCUCAGAAACAGUCUCAGGACCACGUAUGACUUAUCAGUGUGAGCCAGUCACCAGUGUACCCGUAUCUAUCAGGGGAAACCCUAAGAGGGUGCCUGGAAGGCUUGAAGCCUCAUGGGCUGACGUGAUGCGCUGGAUGAAUUGAUGCAAAGUUGAGGCGUGCCACCCGGUACAUUGACAGAAUCGCAAUUUCUUGCUUGCGCACUGAUGGGCGAGGUUGAAAUGUUCUGUCCUCUCACCCUUUUGCUUUUGGUGUCACCACCAACACGCGCACACCCCACGGGGAGGGUCAAGAAGCCCCCAUUCACUCGUCGAGGACCUUAUACGUCGCCUUAUCAACAAAGACUGAUCAAGGGCAUUUGUGGCUUCAAUCUUUCUGAUAGACUCUCAGCCCAGCGGUCCUGCACCCCGAAACUGAAAGGUCUCCUCAUCUGGCGCGGCCGCUGAGGGGCACUUGUUGCGCCCUGAAAAUAUGAAUAGCCGGGAGGCUCAUAUCAUAAGCCGAAAGGGUUUAUUCUCUGGUGGAUGUGCAUGGGUAGAUAACAGAAGCGAAAAGAGACAACAGUAAGAGUGAGUGCGUCUACCAAUACCGGCACAGCACUACAUCACCUGGGAGUUUUGCUUGUUUCCCAUGUAAUGACCACCACCAUCUGAGAAUUUCACCAUCGGGGGCGCUGACACACAGAGGCUAGGUUGGGGUUGGAUACCCAGGUAUGGAUGGGAUGGGGUGUGGUGUGAUAGUGCAUAUCCAUGGUGGGGAUGCGGCAGAUCAGAUUGUGGCAGUUCUGCCCGUCAGCCAUUUUGAUCGAAUAUGCAUAGACCUUGAGGAUGUGUCCGAAAGAGAAAAAAAUAUCAGGACAGUAUCGGAACAUCUGCUAUGAUGUAUCUGAGCAUUCCUCUUCCGAAUACCCGGACAGAGAUAAACUCUUCCAGACAUGCUUACCCCGUCAACAUCUGUCGUCAAACUCCCCGUCAUAUGACGGCAUCCUUAGAUCUGUCUGAUCUGGUUUAUCUAAAAAAGGGGUACCAACGCCGAGCUGGGCUGGGCUUGGCCCCCAAGACAAGCCAAAUUCUAAACCAAACCUUGCCCUGCUUGGUAAAUAACCCCCCCCCUUCAGACAGAGAGAGGGAUAGAGGGAAAAAUAGGUAAUAUUGGCCCUUCCGAUUCUGCGGUUCCGCUCUGGGGAGGUUUGUUUCUGUCUCUAGAUCCCCCUCCUCGAUCGUGGUUAAACCUUCUGCAACGGAGAUAGCGUCAUCCAAGGAUGUCGCGACGUAAGUUAUUCAGCAUUGAACCUGCGAAGUCCCUAAUGGAUAGCCACCCCUCCAUAAGUUGCAAUGGCCAUCUGUUACACGCGAUGAUCCUGACAUCAGCCAUCAGGCCAGCAGGUUUACGACACGGUGAGUUCAUCGCUGGCAUUCCAGAUCAGCCAGGUUACUUCGUUUCCAAGUGGAGGGGGUUAAUAAACUCUGUGAGCAUUGCAACUGUGGGUUUUUGUUGAAUAACAUCGCUGCAUUUUUUGGUCUAGGUAUCUAUCUAUCGCCGUGAAUC